AUGCUUCGCCCAAAUGCUAAAUCUCAUAUCAUGUCUAGCAAGAUUUGCACUAAGACAGGUACUUUUAUAAAGUCGGAAGUUAAUACUGAAAAAAACAUAGAAAAUAUAGAAAAUAUACAAAUUUCAAAAGACUGGAAGCUAUUUGGAGUAACUCGUAAAGGUUUACAAAAUUAUACUUUACAUACUUUAGAAUGGUAUAAAGGCGUGGGUAGAGACAUAAAAUUCAUUUUUAAUACUG